AUGGCACGACCGAAAUCCGCUUUAUCCGCGUAUUUACAGACUCUCAAAGUAAUAGAACUGCUCUACAGCAACCGUUUGCGGGAGGCAGCUGAUGUAUAUGACUCGGUUGCCUGCAGUUACGCCGAACAGGGUAUGGUUGAUCAGGCUCUCAAAUGUCUCCAGAAGGCCCAGCCGGAUGGAUCUCUUAGUGCCUUACAUCACUGCUGGAAAUUACAGAACCUGACAGAGGAGCUAGUGAUCCAAUUCAAGUACCCGAAGCAUAGUGGAGAUAUCAUGCUGCUAUCGAGAAUUAAUUUUGCCCAAGGCCGGACAGGGGAAGCUCGGAAGCUAGCAUUGACAGCUAUGAACAUUCAUCGAGAGCUUUAUGGAUGCCAAGGACCACGGGUAGCUGAUUCGGCCUUCAUCAUUGCUGCGAUGUCGGAGAUUGAGGGUGACGAUGCGCAGGCCGCGACGCUUCUCCGCGAAAUAGUCGAUAUGAGCGGGGAGGGCGGCGAUAUGCAACCACAUCUUGCGCGGUCUUUAUGGUUUCUAGCAAGGAUUGAAGAGAAAAUAGGGCAUAUCCCCGAAGCACAACAACUCAAAGUGGAGGCUAAAGUAGAAAGGGAAAAGAUCAAGGAUAGAGAAGGAGACAACGGAGACAAUGAUGAGGCUUUUAUGUGUCUCGUUCCAUGGAUGCUGUGGUGA